AUGAAAGCCCUACAUGUGUUUCCUAUAGCUGCAUAUAAACAAGCUGAUGGAAUAAAGAUUGAUAAUAAAAGAGUGCUUGUCGAUGUUGAACGAGGUAGAACAGUUCCAAACUGGAAACCUCGUCGACUUCGUAGGGGUCUAGGAACAACCAGGAUUGGAGGUGAAGAUGUAAAUAAAAAACAAUUGGGGAGGGAAAAAUCCCGUGAAAAGGGAAGAGAUAGAGAGGGUGAUAGGGAGAAAUCUCGUGAGCGAUCUUAUGAGAAGUCAACGGAUCGUGAUGAACCGGAGGAUGAAGUGGAGGGAUUGUAUGAACAUGAAUGUCGUUAA